AUGGGCUACCCAACAGAAAGAUUUCCCGCUCCAGUUGACGAGAAUCUCAUAUGUAGUAUUUGUCAUGGCGUUUUCGCUUAUCCGGUGGUAACCAACUGUGGGCACACAUUUUGUUUUGCAUGUCUGGACGAAUGGUUAAGAAGUCCAAGUUGCCAGGAUUGUAAUGAAAGGUCAUAUGAAGAGGAAGACGAUCAAUCGCAAAGUCUGAAUCAGCAGUGCCCGGCUUGUCGGCAUUUGCUGGAAGAUUCACUUCAUCUACCACAUUGUAUCACAGAAGGCUAUUCGAGUUCAAUCACUGUAGCCAGACCGGUACUGGCCUUGCGCAACCUCAUCGGCUCAAUGCCUAUGGCCUGCGCUUACGCCCACCGAGGAUGCAAGUCAGUAAAACCGGUGGAAUUAAUGGAAACCGGGGUUCACGAAUCCACGUGUGCAUUUGCACCACGCACCUGUGUGGAAUGUGGUACGGUUGUGAAUCAGGCGGAUCUGGAAAAUCACAAGCUUAUUUGCACAAAAGAUAAUUGCGAUAACACUUUGGACAACAAACCCCGCUCACAUGCGACGUCCACCAUACCGUUACGUUCAAAUGAACUGAAGUCGCACAAAUCGACACAAACCGUCGAACUGACAGAACGACACAGCGGACAAGAUCGUAGAUCUUUUUGGACAAAUCGCGCGAACCUGACAUUGCGGCAUCACGGUGAUCAUUUCAAUCACAUGUCACCAUCAACCACGCUCCUGGUAUCGGACACAAUUNUUCUCUGGGCUCAAUGCUCCAAGAACGAGAACGAGGAACGAUGGAAUUUUUAA